AUGACGCCAGACGCUGUGCGUCGCUUCAUUUUCAAUUGGGGUCAGGAUGACGAGAGAACCCAAAGAGCUAUCACAGCAGCCAAGAUGCACUUCCCUAACGAUCCUCUCUGGGCAGAAUUGGGCAUUUCCACUGAAAGCAACUCGGCCGGCUCUGGCGGACAGUCUGGUGGAGGUUCUGGUGGUAGCUCGGGCGGCGGUUCGAAGAAGUAG